UACAAAUUAGAUGAAUUUUGAGAGACUGGUUUUAGGAGAUAGAAAUCCAUUAAAAUAUUUACACGAAUCUUCACAUCUAGAAACACCCUCAAGAAUUUUCUAGAUGCGCCUUACCACCUACAAACUUACACUUUGGCCACCCGUCGCGGCUAGCUCCAAACCUUGGCUACCGCACUGUACACCAGCGCCAGCUUCCAGCACUCGAUGCACUGUACGGCAAUCAUGGCUCCACCCCCGCAAAAUCCCAAUACAGCGCUGUCCCCCACUAAAAACGACCUGCAAACACCACUAGCGCAGCCCUGCCAUUGCUCAAAGCAGCGUCCCUCCUCUAGAACACACAUGACCAAUCCGAUGUCGCCAUCCAUCCAUUGGCUUAUCUUGCCCUUGGCCAGUUCCAUUUGUCCUUGAUCGGAGGCAACUUCCUUUCUUUUUCAGAUUCUUCAAUCCAUUCACUCAAGAAACAAUGUCUACGCUGCUCAACCUCCCACUCGAACUCCGCCUCGACAUCUACGCUCUACUGCUCAUCCUCCCGCCCAUCUCCAAGGAAGACGACUUCCACUUCCGCAACUGCACGCGUGCCCAGCAGAUGCCACCGACGCCGCCAUCGUCACCGCCCAACCAGUACCAGCUCAACGGAUUCGCUGUCCCCCAGUCCUACAACGGGCCGCCGCGCGUGCAUGCAGCCGUCCUCGGUGUGUGCCGCCAGGUGCACCGCGAGGCGCUACCGAUCCUAUAUGCGCAAAAUACAUUUGUAGCACAUCCGUCGCUGCUGUCCUCGUUUCCACGACUGCGCUCGUGGUAUCCGCCAGUACGAGAGUCCAGCAUGCAUAAGCACAUUCGUCGCUGGUAUCUGCAGGUCCGGCUAGACUGCGACGUGCCGUUCACCGCGACAAAGGCAAGCCUAGCGUUUGACGGUGCCGCGGCCCUCGAGAUCGAUCUUGUGCAAAGCGUUUUUCUGGGUGUUGGCUAUUCCAAUCUGCGCGUGCUUGAGCAGAUUCGCGGCGUCAAGAGGGUCAAGGUGGGCGGCAGCACGACGGGCUUUGAAAAGUACAUUGGGUGGCUGGAGGACAAGAUGGUCCAGGACGAAGAUGAAGAAGACGAUGGAGAACCGUUUCAGCCGGAAGAGGACGACCUUGUAAUGCGCCUCAGCAUAUUCCCUUGAGUUUGUGUACAUGUGUGCUUGAGGAAGAAACUGUACCGUACGCGGCGGUGGACUGAUGAAGAGGUGCGAUCUACACCUGGGCCUCGUGGCCUGUUGUUCUCGACUCGGACAUAUUUUUUGAAGACCAAGGUUUAUCUCCGGUGACGCCUCUGGACUUUUAAACAAUAAUACAACAAACAACAAAGCUUGGCGGGCAAAGCAUUACACCGCAAGGCUGAGAAUUGCCCAAAGAGGCAACUCCACAGCCCACUGCGACAAGCUUACGCGGCUCCGCGUGUCGACGUACGAAGCACCAGCAACGAAUGCAAUUGGCGAAUAAAAAGGUCGGAAAUUGUCCGGAGAUGGUCGCAGACGCGUGGAAAUUACCAAUAUUUACAAAAAGUCCCAUGAAGGAGGUCAAAUGGCGACAUCGAUGCCAUCCGUCGUCCAUCACAAGUUGGCCAGGGUUGGCUGCACGCCCUACACAAAGGGAAACAAAGGUGAAAAGACACAA